AUGAAAAGAGCAGGGCCAUCGCCCCUCGAGGUGUACAAGCUAUCAGAGAUCCCGCUGUCAUCCUUCGAAGCCGCCGUCAGCAGAAACGGCAACGCCUUUCGGCGGCAGACGCCUGCCGAGUAUUACCGAUGCGCCGAAAAGUUCCACGAGGCCAUCAGUCGGGGCUCAGAUCCAUGGUCCGUCUCCUUGACAGGCAAGGACGGCUUCCCCGUCGAGGUCAUCCACGAGACGGCCUGCAUCAUGCGGCAGAUCCGUGGCCCCCGGAGCGCAAACGCAUUCGCAACCGCCCUCUGGGCAUCCGCCUCAGAAGCCGGCUAUCGGCCCUCCACGCUGUCCCUCGCAAGGCACCUCGCCCGGUCAGGGGCCUACGGACGGGUGCCCCCGCUGCGGAAAGUCGAGGCCCGCUUCAAGCAGCUCGUCUCGACAGCCAGAGACGCCGACGCUCUCACCGUGGAGGGCGAGCUGCAGUACGAGCAGGGGAACUACGAGGCUGCCAUCAGAGCGCUGCAGCGGGCGCUCCAGGUGGGGGGAGGAGAAGAAGAAGCCUUCGAGUGGAAGCCCUACUGCGAGCUGUGCAUGGGCAAGGCGCUCGUCAAGCUGGGCAGGCGUGAUGAGGCAAGGGCAAUCCUCGAGGCCCUGUCCGCGGCGGGUGGGCUUGUCGAGGCGGACGUUGAGCUCGGCAAUUUGCUGCGCGUAAGCGACAGGGAUGCCGCGGAAAGGCACCUCAUCGCUGCGGCCUCGAACGGCAGGGCUGACAUGUUUAGUGUGCUGUCGGAGAUUGCCCUUGAGAAGGCUGCGGAAUCUGGCGACGACAAGGCGGCGAGGGAAGAGUCCCUGCGAUGGGCCAAGGAGUGGUCAAAGUUGGGCGACCCGCGUACGGAAUACUAG